UCUACUUGAUCCUUUACAAUACUGCCUGCAUGCUGGGAUGGUUCUACCUCUGGGUUCUUCAGUAUCAGUUCUAUACCACGGGAUCGGGCGAUUUCUGGGGUUUAAUUGGAACUCCUUUGAAGUGGGUGCAAACUGCUGCCGUUUUAGAAAUUGUUCACUCCAUGCUGGGUUUGGUCCGUUCUCCUGUCAUGACGACCGCUCUCCAAGUUUUCUCCCGUGUCAUGCUUGUCUGGGGAUAUGCUAAUCUCUGCCCUGCUGCGCAGCAAGCGUGGUCGAUUCGCCUCAUGGUCCUCAGCUGGUCUCUCGUGGAGGUGCCUCGCUACAUGUUCUACCUUUUCAAGCUUCUGGGUCUGCAGAUGCCGACCUGGCUUUUGUUCCUCCGCUACAAUCUGUUCUAUGUGUUGUACCCGACCGGAAUCACGGGCGAAAUGCUGACCAUGUGGAAGUCGCUUCCUUUCUUGAAGCAAACGGAAGUUUGGUCUAUUCGUCUGCCCAAUACGUGGAACUUCGCGUUCAGCUAUUACGUUUAUACGAUUAUUCUGUUGCUGAUUUAUGUGCCUUUGGGACCGUUCAUGAUUAAGAAUAUGAUUCGACAGCGCCAAAAGAAUGUAGGAGAGAGGGAAAGGAGAGUGUGAUGUGUAGUGGGUGGAGGCGAGAAAGCAGAAGAGUGAAUAAGCGGUUGUUUGUAAAUUGUCUUUUU